AUGUGCUACUACGGAGGAUAUUAUGGAGGCCUGGGCUAUGGCUAUGGCUAUGGCUGUGGCUAUGGCUGUGGCUAUGGCUGUGGCUAUGGUGGCUAUGGUGGCUAUGGUGGCUAUGGUGGCUAUGGCUAUGGCUGUUGCCGCCCACUCUGCUGUAGAAGGUACUGGUCCUGUGGCUUCUACUGA